GUUGACAUCCAGCUGCUCCAUUGAAUUGCUGCGUGCCCCGACCUCGGUUGCUGACGACCAGGGACCCACAGCAGCUCCUCCAGGUCUUCAAGUUCGGAAAACCUGGUGCGAUAUUGCCCAUCAUGUCUUCUGACAGCGGCGAGGAAGACAAUGCCAAAAUGGAGGGGUUCCUGCGAAACUGGAGGCAGACGGCCUUUAAUUCCGGCCAAUUCCAGACAGCAAUCUUCAUUGGCGACAAGCUUCUUGCUCUCACAAAUGACGACAACGACGCCUUCUGGAUGGCCCAAGUCCACUUCUCCACCGGCAAUUACACACGCGCCCAACGUUUCCUUGAGAGCAGGGACCUUGUCCGAAGAAAUCCCUCCUGCCAGUACCUUGCAGCACACUGCCUCGUCAAACAAUCGCGCUUCGACGAGGCCCUGACCGUGCUGGGAGAUCGCGACCCCACCUACCUGAUCAAAUCAAACGAGUCGAGCAAGCGCAAAACCCACUCGGGGGCAACUGCCAGAGCAGCGAGCACCUUGAAACCGUCACGCGAUACACAGAAAGAGGUGGAAGCGAUCAGUCGGCGGUAUGAAGCCGGAAUGUGCUACCUGCGAGGCAUCUGCCAUGCCAAGCUGAACGCUUUUGAUCGUGCCAAGGAGUGCUACAAGAAUGCCGUUCGGAUCGAUGUCCAAUGCUUCGAGGCAUUCAACCAGCUGACCAAGAAUUCUUUACUGUCGUCAGAGGAGGAGUGGGAGUUCCUCCACUCCCUUGACUUCGAUUCCAUCAGCACUGAGGGUGACCUUGACACCUCCCAGGAAAUCGCCAGUUACGUCGAAAUGCUCUACAGCACUCGCUUGUCCAAAUAUCAAAACCAAGAUGCCUUCAACACGGCUUGUGAGAGUCUGGCCACGCACUACAAGCUCAAGGACAACGCGGAUCUUCUCCUGGCCAGGGCGGACUUGCUCUAUACACAAUCCCGCUACAGAGAUGCUCUCGAGAUUACCAAUGCAGUACUUGUCGAUGACAAGUACAAUUUCAGCGUCUAUCCGAUUCAUUUGGCAUGUCUUUACGAACUGAAAGAGAAAAACCUUCUGUUCCUGGUCGCCCACGAGCUUGCUGACAGCCACCCUGAGGAGCCCUGCACGUGGCUUGCUGUUGCUAUCUAUUACUACCUGACAGGGAAAAUUGCCGAAGCACGACGCUAUUCCAGCAAAGCCAGCAUGAUGGACGCUCACUUCGGCCCUGCCUGGAUUGGUUUUGCACACACGUUCGCUGCGGAAGGCGAGCAUGACCAGGCCAUCUCAGCCUACUCGACUGCUGCGAGGUUGUUUAUGGGAACGCAUCUGCCACAGGUGUUCCUGGGUAUGCAGCACCACGCUAUGAACAACAUGACUGUGGCCGAGGAGUUUCUCAACACGGCCUAUGGGUUGUGCAAAACAGACCCACUGCUCUUGAACGAGAUGGGGAUCGUGUACUAUCACCAGAAUCGCCUCAACGAGGCGGUAGACUACUUUAAACAGUCUCUUGCGAUUGCUGAAGAGAUUGACAGCGACCCACAGGCAUGGAUUGUUGCGCGAACCAAUCUAGGCCAUGCCUACCGGCGACAGCGAAAAUCGCAGCAGGCACUCGACGAGUUCGACAUGGUUCUGCGGGAGGGUGGCAAGGACGCGCCCAUAUUCUGCGCAAAAGGUUUGAUAUACCUUGACAGCGGGAAGCCGGAAGAGGCAGUGAACGUCUUGCACGAAGCACUGGCCAUACAUCCACAGGACCCGAUUGCAACUGAGCUUCUGGUGAAAGCGCUGGACGAGUGUUCAAACUCUGGUCAUAUCGUCGGCGAAAUCACCGAUGACGCAGAAUUGGCCGAGUUUGAGCAGGUGUUAGAACAGCGCAAAUAUGCAGCAACAUCGAAGCUGGCGGCCAAGCUCAAUGGCCUCCAUAAUAGGAACAAGGGCAAAGGCAAGGAGAAAGCCGUGGCCCGAGGCCUGUCUCAACCGGAGGGACGGCCAAGCUUGAUGGAAAUGAGUGACGACAACUAAUUCUAUAAUGAGGUUUGACGAAAGGUUUCCGGCAUUUUCAAGGCGUCUCGGCAUGCAUCUUGGUAGGCGUAUAGUUGGCCGGUUCGCGAUUCUCAGCAUUGUCAGAACAAAUGGUCUCGAAAGGCAUGGCAUCCUGUGGAAUAGAUACCAUAUUUUACCAACAACGUUUGGCGGGCUAGCGUCUCACUCUCGCAAUAAUCCCGAUCACGAUUAGUUCUGAGCACAGUUCAAUUUGACUUGCUGAUACGACCCGUCGCUUGCACCAUGCCGGGCAUCUCAUCGACGCCAUUUUUGGCUCUCCAAAGCCCUGUCCUGGGCCAUGCUUUGGCAUUACACGCGCUUAGCUAGCAGCCACUCACAUCACUCGAGUUGACGCCGAAGCGCCACGAAAUAUAUCUACCAGGUCCAAUGA